AUGUCUCAACUCCUCAGCUUCCUCCGUUCCACCGCCUUCACUUUCAGUUGGCCGUUUGCUGCGCGUACCCCACACACCCAACCGCCAAGAUUUCUCACCCUGGAUGAAGGAGUCAAUACCGGUGGCGGCGCUGCAGGGUCUAACGACAUGGAACUAGAUGAUGAACCUCCUGUCAGGCCUUCCGAUCAUACUCGCAUCUUCGUCCCGGAUGGUUCACUUGCUUGGGCUGCGUAUGAGGAUUUGGACCCAGAAUUCACCGACCCGAUACUCCUUCACGAGUCUUCCUCUUGCGCCACUGAGCUGGGACAAGCCCUGAUCGGACACCGUUUGACGCAGCUUGUUCGCAGGAGAUGGCUGCGUGACGCACCCUCGGCAUUCGUCGGAUCCUACAGAGAGUACCUCCGUUCAAUGCAAGGCGCGGGCGUGCCCAGAGUAAUCAACGUCUACGACGACGUGAACUACAUCAAUCUGGCAAUUGUGCCUCCCCACCCCACCCUCUGGUUCAACGCAUCAGCCGUGAUGCCGCAUGCUCUCAAGAGAGCAGUCAUAGAAGCUUACAGGAAGCUGCACCGUGCAGGUAUUCUUCAUAGCGCGGUCGAGAGGCAUAACAUCCUCAUCGGAGCCGACUGCCGCGUCACACUGUUCAACUUCUCCCACUCCAAGUCCACACGCCCCGUCGACGGGCUUUUGGGCCGUGCAACAGCCAAAGAUUUCCAGGCGGAACUCAGAGAAGUCAAAUACAAACUUGACUACGACGGCACUCGUGCACGCACUCGUUAUGCUUUCCGGGACACUUCCAGGGACCCUCGCCUCAUUGAAGGCAGGAUUGUCAACGAGCGGAAUGGGAAAGGCGAUGACGGCUACGUCUUGCAUCCCGCCACAGGCAAGCGUUGGCGCGAAGCAUUCCCUAUGGAGGAACCUGCACGAAUAUACGUCCCUAGCCGAAAUGCUGAGCAACGAGAAGACGCGCACCGCGAGUACGAGGAGGCCCUCAGACGUCUAGAAACACGACAUCGGGACGAAUCUGAGCUACCGCUUUUUGUGUGGCCUCUCAAGUCUCGGCUUCCAGCUCCCUUGGCUGCACUACGGGAAAGGGACCCCCAAAAACACCAAGCAAUACCCUCGGCGAAAGCGACCACGAGAAGCUACAGCACGGGUUCUGGCCCGCUUCCACAAGCGUCCCCCUGCGACUCACCCCCAGCUGAGAUCAAGGUCCGGGACUUCGUCUCGGAGUCCUACACCGGUCCCCGCGGCUUCUACGUCCCACACCCGCCCACAGAGGCCCUCUCCUCCCUCAUCCGCGUGGCCCACAUCCGGAACGAGAACGCGCUCGCCUGCGGCGCGGAGGGCCUCGACACGUACUGGCGCGGCGACGCGCACGCGCACGCGCCCUCGAGCGGCUUCUCGCGCCCCGGCGGCCACGGCGACGACCACAUCUCGCGCGGGCACCUCAAGCGCAGGCGCGAGGCUGCGCUCCGCGGGUACCCUCUGACCGCCUCGGAGGAGCGCGAGGCGAAGCGGCGGCGGGUGGAGGACGAGCGACGCGCAAGCCUGCGCGAGUCCCCCGACCGCCCCGUCCGGUUUCUCGACAUCCCGAUGCCCCCGGCGCCGCCCGUGCCGCAGGAGAUGCGCUUCGUCGAGGUCGGGGUCGAGCCUAAGCCCCGCGCGCAGUCGCAUCGUGGUCGCACGGCCGACUUGGACGUGCGGUCGACCGGGGCAGACGACGGGCAGGCGGAGGCGCCGCGGCACAGGUUCGCGUGGCUGCCCCGCCCGAUAUUCCCUCACCGCAUCCCGGGAGCGGUCCGCAAGGGCUCGUUGAAGCGCACGCGGCCGGUGCGCGAGGUGUCGUAUGACCUCCGGACGUGGCAGCCGCGGCGGCUCGCUGAGGAGGCGGCAUCAGACGAACGCCCGUGCCUCUGUGUCACGGAAGACGGGUUCCCGAGGUGUGUCCGCGAGCACAGCGGGUUCAGCAGCGACGAGGACGAGGACCUGGACGACGUGGUGGCUGCGGCGGUGGAGGAAGCGGCGAGGGAGGACCGCGAGGACACGCCGUUCCCGGACUUCGGGAUGCUCGGGGCGGGCAGCACGUCGAGGCGGAGCGCGCGGCUCGCGCAGAAAACCGCGAGGACGUCGAGCGCGAAGGGCAAGCAGAGAGCCGCGAACGGGAAACGAAAGGCACCCGAUGACGCCUCGGAUCUCAACCCAGCCCCCACCCGCAGGCCUCGGCUGUCCUCGAGCGCGCCUGAGGCUGGACCUUCCUCUCACCGUGGCCCAAGCUCCUUCCACCGAGCGUCGCCGGACGCGUCUGGUUCCGGCACAAGUACGAGCCAGGGCACCAGCGUUGCUGCUUCGUCGAGCGGCGGCAGCAAGACGAACACCCGCACUCGAGGUUCGAGCUCCAGCCGCCGCCGCUCCGUGCGCUUCGCCAGUCCGGAUCCAAUCCCUGCAUCAAGUCAAGCUGGACAUUGUCAUCGAUCGGCCUCCCAGACCACUUCCAGUGCCUCCUCGAGCACAGCUGGUCCCAGCACUAGACCCCUCGGUUCGAACGCGGAACGCGAUAGCGCGCGGGGCUCGCAAGGGAUGAGCAGGAUGAACAGCUUUCGAGGUCGUGCGAGGAGCGGACCAUCUGCUGCACCUGCGCACCGGUCGGACUACGACUCGGACUUGGAGCCCGCCCCCUCGGCCACGCCUGCGCAACACUCGCCGGCCGUGCGGGAGAACGCGCGCUUCUUGGAAGCAGGUGCUGGGACACGGGUAGCCCCGAUGACGUCCGGGCCGGACACGGAUGUCGACAUGGUGGACAGCAUGCCUCUCACGACCGUCGACGACAUUAUGGAGGACGUCGCGUCGCGUAUGUGGAUGGACACGCAGAAGAGGCGGGCGACGUCGAUCACGCAUUGGCUGGCCCAUGGGGGGUUCGAGGACUUUCCGAUACACGAUUAG